AUGCAAUCGGGCACCGUUGAAAUAUUUAUAAAUGGUACGCCAGCCACAGUACCAUCUUUCUAUUCUAUAGGACAGGCUCUGAAGAGUGUAAAUGUAACUAUACCGGGGUUUUGCUUUCAUAGUCGGCUCUCUGUAGUUGGCAAUUGCCGCCUUUGCUUAGUAGAGAUAGAAGGUUGGAAUAAACCCCAAUUAUGUUGUGCUGUGCCAGUGUCUAAAGGCAUGAAGGUACGUACGAAUUCACCUGCGACUCUCCAGGCCCAGGAAAGUGCUCUGGAGUUCUUACUAACCAAUCACCCACUAGAUUGCCCUAUUUGUGAUCAAGGUGGUGAAUGCGAUCUCCAAGAUUUAGCUGUGAGAUUCGGGAAUGAUCGUUCCAGAUUUACAGACAUACAUUUUGACGGGAAAAAGGCUGUUGAAAAUAAAGAACUGAGUCCACUCAUACGUGCCGUCAUGAAUCGUUGCAUUCAUUGUACCAGGUGUAUACGCUUUGCAUCUCAAAUUUGCGGAUUGGAUAUUUUAGGAACAACGGGCCGUGGCGAAGAGAUGCUUGUUGGAACAUAUGUAGAUAAAAUGUUUUUUUCAGAAUUAUCUGGAAAUAUUGUAGAUCUAUGUCCUGUGGGAGCUUUGACUUCGAUUCCCUAUAUGUUUAAAGCGCGGCCUUGGGAACUUAAUAAAACCAAUUCCAUAGAUGUAACAGACGCUACUGGAACAAAUAUUGUAGUUGACUCUAGGUACAAUCGAGUGAUGAGAAUUCUGCCUCGGGAACACUUAGAAAUAAAUGAAGAGUGGCUUUCUGAUAAGGGCCGGUGGUCAUUGGACUCACUGGAGAUGCAGAGAUUAGUGACACCUAUGAGUAAAACGAAAGGAUGUUGUUUCUCGAUUGAAUGGGAUGAGGCCUUAAGAAUAGCAUGUCAAAUGAUAAAAGGAGUUAAUCCAAAUAAUAUAGUAGCUGUUGCUGGGCCUCAUACUAAUGUAGAAACGCUUGUAGCUUGCAAAGAUUUUUUAAAUAUUUUAGGAUCUGAGAAUACGUACAUAGAGCGAGGUUUAGCGUGUCUUGAAACAGGUGCUGACAUCAGAGCAGGAUACUCAUUAAAUAUGAAAAUGUGUGAUGUAGCUCAAGCAGAUAAAAUUUUGUUCGUCGGCACAAAUCCUCGAUUUGAGGCUCCAAUUUUGAAUUCUUGGAUACGUCAAGCUUAUUUAGGCAAUGAAGCAGAUGUUUAUGUUAUCGGUCCGAAAUGUGAAUAUAAUUAUCACGUCACAUAUUUGGGUGAAACCAUCGAAUCGUUAUCAGAGGCUGGAAACGCUUUAAAAAGUGGUAAGAAACCUCUCAUAUUUGUUGGAGUCGAGCAUUUGAACAAAGAUUAUGGUGGGGCAAUGAUGAGUGCAUUGCUAAAACUAGUCAAAUCCCUAGGUUGCUCUAAAGAUUGGGAAAUAUUGCAUAUCAUUCCUUUGGAAGCGAGCUUUGCGGGCGCAUUAGAAGCAGGUUGGAAACCCGGAGCGAAAGGUCGCUUAACACAGUCAAAAGACAUAGAGCUGAUCAUAUCACUAGGAGCAGAUCAAAUAUUUUAUGAUUGGAGACCACCAUCUGGUAAUAAGCUAAAAAUUUUAUAUAUUGGCUUCCAAGGCGAUAGAGGUGCAGAAAUUGCAAAUUUGAUUCUACCCGGGAGUGCUUACACGGAAUCGGGUGGACUAUACCUAAAUAUGGAAUGUAGAUCACAGUUCGCGUUGCCGGCUGUCACGCCACCGGGGAAAGCACGUUCUGAUUGGCAUAUAAUACGUGCUAUAGCAGAGUGCUGUGGAGUUAAUUUACCUUAUAGUGAUCAUAAUAGUUUAUGCUGUAGGUUCUCACAUAUAAGCCCACUUUUCAUUAAUUUGGGGGAUUAUCAAACAAAGUUAUUUUCGGGAUUACCUUGGACGAUGGCAAAAACUGGCGAUGGUACUUCACUCAAUUGCAGCCAGUUGGAAGUGGAAAUGAAAACCAUGCCAGAUUAUUAUUGUUCUGAUAUUUUUACUUACAAUUCACCCACUAUGGUGCUGCUGAAUAAUUUAGAAAAUCUUGUAUCAGCUGAGAAUGAUGUCGCACGGAGCAGGAAGGAGCUUCGUGCGACUAGAGUGAAUGCGAUCGUGAAGAAGGGUUUGGGAGAACUUAAGCACCUGCAUGUAGUUGCCCUUGUAAAAGAUGGACUCGCUGGUGACUACAGUGGCAGUGGCGGUGGGCGCCUGGAGCGGCUGCCACUUGAACAUGAACAUGUACCGCGACCGCGGGCGCCGGGUUCUUGGCAGACGCAGGCGCAGGCGUCUUAG